CGCGGCGUGUGGACGCCACACGCUCCCGGAAGUGGGAGGUGUCCCGUCGAGUUUGUGUGGCCGCCGCCGCGGGAACGCGAGCCCGGUAAUUUUUCAACGGAGAAAGGCGAGGCUUUCGGGCUUGGCCGAGUGAGAGUGAGAGGAAGUGUGGGGCGCCCGCAGCUCUCUUCUGAACGUGACAGCCGGCAUGGAGCAGGAGCGGAGCACACAGCCUGGCGGCGAGGCCGUGGCUCCCGCGCGGCUGGAGUCGCCCCGGCCGGAGUGUGGGGAGGAGCCGCAGCACCCGAAUCCCGAGGAACGUGCUGAGCAACUUAAUAAUGGGUACUUGCGGGAGGCUUCGCUACUCUUGGUCUUGCAUCCACAGUGAGGUCUCCACAUAGCAGUGGAUUGAUUCCAAUUCGGAAACCAUUGGUGUAGACCUUAAAUUUGGGAGAAGAGGCUGAUCAAAGAAAAUCGGACCUUGACUGCCCUGAGCUUCCCUGAAAGAGCUUGAGUUGGAUCUGAGAGAGGAAGCAGAUCUUCCUUUACAGAAAUCAAGAUUCACAGCAGAUUUAAAAUAGGCCUUAGUGUUAUUUAAAAAGCAACGAUGUAGAUUUGAUGGUCAAGAAACAAAAGGAUCCAAGUUCAUUACCUCCAGUGCAAGUGAUUUCAGUGACCCAGUUUACAAAGAGAUUGCUAUUACGAAUGGAUGCAUUAAUAGAAUGAGUAAAGAAGAACUCAGAGCUAAACUUUCAGAAUUCAAGCUUGAAACCAGAGGAGUAAAGGAUGUGCUAAAGAAAAGACUGAAAAACUAUUACAAGAAGCAGAAGCUCAUGUUGAAAGAAGGCAAUUGUGUUGACAGUUACUACGACUACAUUUGUAUCAUUGAUUUCGAAGCCACUUGUGAAGAGGGUAACCCACCUGAGUUUAUACAUGAAAUAAUUGAAUUUCCUGUGGUUUUACUGAAUACCCAUACCUUAGAAAUAGAAGAUACAUUCCAGCAGUAUGUGAGACCAGAGCUUAACACACAACUUUCUGAUUUCUGCAUCAACCUAACUGGAAUUACUCAGGAUCAGGUAGACAGAGCUGAUACCUUCCCUCAGGUACUAAAAAAAGUAAUUGACUGGAUGAAAUUGAAGGAAUUAGGAACAAAGUAUAAAUAUUGCAUAUUGACAGAUGGUUCGUGGGAUAUGAGUAAGUUCCUGAAUAUUCAGUGCCGGCUAAGCAGGCUCAAAUAUCCUCCUUUUGCUAAAAAGUGGAUCAAUAUUCGAAAGUCAUAUGGAAACUUUUACAAGGUUCCUAGAAGCCAAACCAAAUUGACAAUAAUGCUUGAAAAGCUAGGAAUGGAUUAUGAUGGGCGGCCUCACAGUGGUCUUGACGACUCUAAGAACAUUGCCCGAAUAGCAGUUCGUAUGCUUCAAGACGGAUGUGAACUCCGAAUUAAUGAGAAAAUGCACGCAGGACAGCUAAUGAGUGUGUCUUCUUCAUUACCAAUAGAGGGCACUCCAGCUCCACAAAUGCCACAUUCUAGAAAAUGACAGCAUUUUUGCCCUUUGCCCAUGGAUCAUUCACUCUAACUGGAGUUGCUACAAAGAGGUAGCAGAUGAAUACUUACUGAAUUAGUCCUGCGGUGCAAAAUUUUAAGCACCUUAAACAUUUACAGUCUUACUGCAGUUAAUAGUUCUUUAUAUAAAUGUGUGUGAACAGAUCUGUGGGGAGGGCAUAUUGAAUUUUUUGUCACCAGCACUUUUGAUAUGAGCAGUAUUUGUUACACAGUAACAGUUCCUGCUUAGAAUUGAAUUUUAUAAUUUAAGGUGUCCAAAACGUAUCCCUUUUGGUUUUAAAAUGUAAAGGCUUAUUGGCCUUCCCCCAUCCUUGAGUGUCAUAUCUUAUUGAUGUUAAAAUAUAUAAUGUAUUUCUACAUUAACAUCAUUAGAUCAAGUCAUUUCUUACAAUGCAGGAAAGGCCUUAUCUAGCCUUUGGGUUUUAAGAAUAUCAUAGUCCUUUUGAUUUUUGAAUUCUGUAUGUGAAGUUCAGCGGUGCAUGGUGAAUUUCAUAAAGUACUUGGUACACAUAUCUGCCUACAUUUCUUUUCAAUUUAUAGUUGGAAGACUUGUGGUGGCUUAUAGGGUCUUGUUAAAAAUUCAGUUACUGGUGAGGUUAAUGGAAAGUCAGAAGAAAAUACCAUUUAAAGGAAUAUAAGCUCUGUAGCUCAAACUUUAUAACACAUAAACAUAUCAGUGGGGGUUUUUUUGACAUCAUUUUUUGAUUCCCCUCCAUCUUUUGACAUUUAUCUGCUCUAAUUCUUAAAUCUAAGAGACCAUGCUUUGAAAUAGACUAAAAAUAAGGGUCACCAUUUAAUUUUGUAUUUGUUUUCAACAUUACAAGUAAGGUUAAUAAAGUCAAAUAAUGCUUUUUUUAACAUAUCAUGUGUUUAUUAUAAGUUGAUGUAGGAGUGACCACUAAAUAUUGAAUAAUUCUUAACUAAUUCUAAAGACGUGUGUUUAUGGAGUUGAAAAAGCAAGCAAAACUCUUAUUUAGAAGCUAAAAAUAUUUUCUCAGUUGAGUUUCCCCAGAUACCUUUCAUGGAACAAUUUGCUUUUUUUCUUUUACUUUCUAUUAGUAGUUGUGAUGCUGCUUUAUUUUAUUGAUUUAUAUAUUAAUUAAAUGAAUUUAAAGAGGCUUCUAACCCUGCAUAGAAAAAAGGCCUUUUUCCUCGUCUGAGAAUUCUCUCCACAGUGCUGUAGAAAGAUUGAAUUUCUGCCUUUGAGUGGUAGCUGUAGAAUAAGAAUAAAGAAUAAAAAGUGGGUAACAGAAGGCACAGGGGAAUGUGAUACCCUCAGACAAACUGAGGUAAUAAAACAGGGAAAUCUAGAUGUGUUACGUUUAUGUAGUAAACUUUGGUAGUGAAAUGGAUAUAUGCUGAAAUUUUUGUGAAUCCCAAAUAGCACCAUGUAAUAUACCAUAAAGUAUUACUGAAAGUUUCAAAGGAUUUCCUUCAAAUCCUUACUGAGUUACUGGACCAGGGCAGAGUAGUAGAGAACAACAAAUCAUUGUUGAGAUGUGGAAGCCAGGAGGUCCACUGGCAUAUUUUUUAGGUGAUUUUUUUCCACAUGGCCACCUUACCUUAGAAUUCAAUUUUAUGGCAUAGCAAAAUCAUAAUUAUCUGUUGCCAGCUUCUGUAGUUGCUCAUGAGCAACUGAAAUUGCAAUUGGGAAAUCUGAGAAUGGCAAAGAAAUAUUACAUCGCCCUAUUGUUUUGUUUGUUUUUAAGUCUGACUUCUGAUUUCUCUGCCAGUUUUUCUUUUUUGUGAAGUAACCUAAAGUACUGAAAAACUAUUGUAUUUCUUUUUAAGACUUUAGCAUUAUAAGCUGUCAGUAUCCUUUUGACUCAGAUAUUUUAUUUGGUGAUGUUUUAUUCUCAUUUUUUAAAAUUAUUGAGGAGUAUUUGACAAAUGUAAGUGUAUAUAUUUAAAAUGUAAAUGUGAUGAUUUGAUAUACAUUGUGGAGUCAUUACCACAAUCAUAUCACCUCAUAUAGUUAACUGUUUUUUGGUGGUGGCGAGAAUGCUUAAGGUCUACUUUCAGCAGCUUUGAAGUAUACGGUACCAUGUUAUUGACCAUAGUCAGCACUGCUAUACAGCAGAUCCUCAGAGCUUACUCUUUUAACUGAAAGUUUGUACUCUUGGAUCUACAUUACCCUCUCUCUUCCAUCCCCAGCCCUUGGCAGCCAUCAUUCGGUUAUAUUUCUAUGAUACUAGCUUUUUUUUUUUUAAUUCUACAUAUAAAUGAUACCAUGCAGUAUUUUUUGUCCAUCAGGCUUAAUUUCACUUAGCUCUCCAGGCUCAUCCACACUGUUGCAAAUGAUAGUAUUUCCUUUUUCUUUAUGGCUGAAUAAUAAUCCAUUGUAUAUGUACCAUUCAUUUCAAGAUUUUUUUUUUAGUUCUCUUGAUUUCUUUUUUGAUCCGUUGGCUCCUCAGAAGUGUUUUGUUUAAUUUCUACAUACUUACAAACUUUUCCAGCUCUCCUAUCAUUGAUUUGUAAUUUCAUACUAUUGUGGUCAGAAAGAUAGUUGAUUAUGAUUUCAGUCUUCCUGUAUUUGUUGAGACUUAUUUUGUGUCUUAACAUAUGAUCUAUCCUGGAGAGUAUUUUGUGUGUGCUUGAGAAGAAUGUGUAUUCUGCUGCUAUUGGUUAAAAUGUUCUGUAUAUGUCUGUUAGGUCCAUUUGGUCUAAAUUAUCACUCAACUCUGUUAUUUUCUCACUGAUUUUCUGUCCAGAUGAUCUCUCCAUUGUUAAAAGUAAGAUAUUGAAAUCCUCUGCCAUUACUGCAUUGCUAUUUAUUUUUGCUUUCAGAUUUAUUCAUAAUUGUUUAAUAUUUAGGUGUUCAAUAUUGGGUACAUAAAUAAUUGUUAUAGCCUCUUGA